UGAGAAUAUUGGCAAAGGGUGACUAUUUGUCAGAAGUUGCAGAUUUGCAUGGCAUUACCAUUGCGUCUGCAUCUAGAGUAGUUCAUUCGGUUUGCGCUUCUAUUUGCGACAGGAUUCAGAACAUCAAGUUCCCAAGAGAAGAAGCCAAACAGAGGAGGGUAAAAGAAAUGUUCUACGACAUCAGUAGCUUUCCAAAUGUGUUGGGUGCCAUUGAUGGGACGCUGAUUCCUACCCAAGGGAUGGCAGGGGAUGAUGAGCCAAAUUAUGUGUGUAGAAAACAGUACCACGCAAUAAAUGUGCAGGCCAUCUGUGAUGCAGAAUUGAAGUUUACACACACAGUUGUUAAGUGGCCAGGAGCCCCUCAUGAUGCCUUCAUUCUGGCCAAUUCAAAUAUACCAACAAUAAUGGAGGGUCGGAAUGGAUGGCUUCUUGGGAAUUCCGGCUAUGGAUUGAAGAAAUGGCUCAUGACUCCCUUAAUGAAUCCCAAUUCACAGAAAGAAAUAGGCUACAACAAGUCUCACUGCAAGACGAGGAACACAGUAGAGAGGGCAUUUGGUGUGCUUAAAGCUCGCUUCAGAUGUCUUCAUAAAACCGGUGGAUCCCUCCAAUUCAACCCUCCUAAGUGUUGCAAGAUGAUUGGGGCAUGUUUCAGACUGCAUAACAAGGCUUGUAGUGAUGGGCUGCCAGUACCUGAAGAUGUGGACAUUCAACAGUUAGCGCAUCAUAACAUUAUCAAUGAUGACAAACAAAAUAAUGAGGCAAACGCUAUAAGGAGGAGAUUAAUCAAGAGAUUUUGAGUCAAAUUAAAUUUGGGAAAACACUGAUUAUGUAGUGAUUAAUUUUUCAAAAUACCAAAAAAAAACAAAAUAACUUUCAGAAAAUUUAAUAACUGGUGACAAACAAUGGAGAUCUAUUCCAAACUGGUGUUCUGUCCGCUGUGAAGCUCUUAUGGCUUCUAGGGCCACAGUAGACCUCCGUUGCAUCUCCAGCAUCUGCUCCAUGAUCUUCAACUUUUUGGCUCUGUACAUCUCUAUUUUUUGGAGCUUACUUUCUUCAAGUAGGAAAUACCGCUCUUUGGCCUCAGAGGCAGCAUCUUGU